UCGGCCCACCGCGCUCCUCAGGUCGCCCGAGGCGCGAGUCUAUGUAUUGAGCUCGCGCGGACCCGCGCCGGGGCGCGGGUGGGGAACAUCGCGGCCGCCUUCAUGACGGAGGGCACGUGUCUGCGUCGUAGAGGGGGCCCCUAUCGCACCGAGCCCGCCACCGACCUCAGCCGCUGGCGCCUCCGAAAUGAGAGGGGAAGGCAGACGUGGACGUAUUUCCAGGAGGGGGAGGAUCCUGGCCGCGGGCAGACCCGGCUGGAGGCGCACUCCCUGGGACUGGACCCGACCGGUUACUUUAAGGACUUGCCCAAAGCCUGCACAGCCCACGAAGGGGCUCUGAAUGGGAUGACAUUUUAUGUGGGGCUGCAGGCUGAGGAUGGGCACUGGGCAGGUGAUUAUGGCGGCCCACUCUUCCUCCUGCCAGGUCUCUUGAUCACAUGCUAUGUGGCGCAAAUCCAUCUGCCAGCCGGAUAUAAAGAAGAGAUAGUGCGGUACCUGCGGUCAGUGCAGCUCCCUGAUGGCGGCUGGGGCCUGCACAUGGAGGACAAGUCCACAGUGUUUGGGACUGCACUCAACUAUGUAUCUCUGAGAAUUCUGGGUGUUGGCCCUGACGAUCCUGACUUGGUACGAGCCCGGAACAUUCUUCACAAGAAAGGUGGUGCUGUGGCCAUCCCCUCCUGGGGGAAGUUCUGGUUGGCUGUCCUGAAUGUUUAUAGCUGGGAAGGCCUCAACACUCUGUUCCCGGAGAUGUGGCUGUUUCCUGACUGGGUGCCUGCACAUCCCUCCACACUCUGGUGCCACUGCCGACAGGUCUACCUGCCCAUGAGCUACUGCUACGCCAUCCGGCUGAGCGCUAAGGAGGACCCACUGGUCCAGAGCCUCCGUCAGGAGCUCUACGUGGAGGACUACGCUAGCAUCGACUGGCCAGCGCAGAGGAACAACGUGUGCCCUGAUGAUCUGUACACGCCGCACAGCUGGCUGCUCCGUGUGGUGUACGUGUUACUCAACCUGUACGAGGGCCACCACAGCACCAGCUUGCGGGAGCGGGCCAUCCAGAAGCUGUACGAGCACAUCGUGGCCGAUGACUGCUUCUCCAAGUACAUUAGCAUUGGCCCGAUCUCAAAAACCAUCAACAUGCUUGUGCGCUGGUACGUGGACGGGCCGGACUCCUCUGCCUUCCAGGAGCACAUCUCCAGGAUUCCUGAUUACCUCUGGCUGGGUCUCGAUGGCAUGAAAAUGCAGGGCACCAACGGCUCACAGGUGUGGGACACCUCAUUUGCCAUCCAGGCUCUGCUAGAGGCGGGGGCACAGCACAGGCCCGAGUUUUCGUCUUCCCUGCAGGAGGCACAUGAGUUUAUCCGGAUCUCACAGGUGCUAGACAGCCCCCCUGACUACCAGAAGUACUACCGCCAGAUGAGCAAGGGUGGCUUCCCCUUCAGCACGCUGGAUUGUGGCUGGAUUGUUACUGACUGCACAGCUGAGGCCUUGAAGUCCAUCCUUCUCCUGCAAGAACAGUGUCCCUUUGUCACCAAGCAUGUCGCACGAGAGCAGAUCUAUGAUGCUGUUGCUGUGUUGCUGGACAUGAGAAAUCCUGAUGGAGGGUUUGCCACCUAUGAGACUAAGCGUGGGGGCUACUUGCUGGAGCUGUUGAACCCCUCGGAGGUCUUUGGGGACAUCAUGAUUGACUACACAUAUGUGGAGUGCACCUCAGCUGUGAUGCAGGCACUGAAACUUUUCCAUGAGCGUUUCCCGGACCACAGGGCUGGGGAGAUCCGGGAGACGCUUGAGCAGGGCCUGGAGUUCUGUCGGCAGAAGCAGCGGGCUGACGGCUCCUGGGAAGGCUCCUGGGGAGUUUGCUUCACCUACGGCACCUGGUUUGGGCUGGAAGCUUUCGCCUGCAUGGGGCAGACUUACAGCAGCGGGGCUGUGUGUGCGGCGGUCUCCCAGGCCUGUGACUUCCUGCUAUCCCAGCAGAUGGUGGAUGGGGGCUGGGGGGAAGACUUUGAGUCCUGCGAGCAGCGGCGUUACAUACAGAGUGCCACGUCCCAGAUCCACAACACAUCCUGGGCCUUGAUGGGGCUCAUGGCCGUCAGGCAUCCCUGCGUAGAGGCCCUGGAGAAGGGAGUCCGGUGUCUGCUUAGAAAACAGCUCCCCAAUGGCGACUGGCCCCAGGAGAACAUCCCUGGCGUCUUCAACAAGUCGUGUGUCAUCAACUACAGCAGCUACAGGAACAUCUUCCCCAUCUGGGCCCUUGGCCGCUUCUCCCACCUGUACCCUGAGAGUGCCCUUGCUGGCCGCCCUUGAGGGUGCCUGGCAGGCAGGUGGGUGGUGGGCACUGGCGUCUGGGAGGGCGGGGCAGGAAGGGGGCAUCAUCUCCGGUGAGCUUCAGGAUCCCCUGCCCAGGGGUCCAGUGCCCCUCACAAACCCCUUCCCCGGGGUGGGACCAGGCCUGGGGCAGGGUUGGGGCCGGUGGCUUUAGGUACUUGAUUUUCAGGGUAGGUUUAGUUCUUAGAAGAGCUCGUGGAGCUCAGGUGAGGAAAGGAACAAGAUGAGCCAUGAUCCUGGCACAGUGUGUUCUGCAGCACCUAGCCAGGGUGUGCGGCCUUGCUUUGGGGCUGGGAGGGCUUUCUCCACCAGUACUUCAGUUCUUGAGAGAGGGGAGUGCGGCCUCACCUCUUCCUGCCCGGUGCUGCCCAGGAGCCGGCCCGACUGGGCUUGCCCCUAGGCUGGCUCUUCCUAUUUCUUCUGUCUGUGGGGCUGAGGGACGUGAUCUGUUCACCGUGGCAGCCCCGGGCUCAGCAAGGGACAGGGACCAGACUCGCCGAGUGUCUGUGGCUGUGUGGAGGGGAGUCAGUUGUGGCUGCUGGCCGUGCCCUACACCCUAGGCUCGCCCACGCUGCAUCGUGGUCACCAGUUGUGGGCGCCAGUAUCGCUGUCUCCCGAGUUUGUAGCCUGCAGUGUCUCGUGCUGACAGGCGCAGGCAGGAGACUAAGUGUGACGAGGGACAAGUGCUCGUGAGUGGUUUAGUGGUUACCACCAUGGGGCACCACGUGUGCCAGGCACAGCGGAGCAGUCAGCGCUGCUGGCUGGACGGGCCUGAUGCUGUAGGGUGCCCUCUUGGCCGCCGCCAAUGCUCGUGUCCUGGUUUGUGCUCUGAGGGGAAGUGAGGGCUGGAAUUCCAGGGUGGUGCCUCUUAGGAGCUAAACCUUUCAAUUCCCUUCUGGCUCUAUGUCUGGUUUGGUGUGCAUGGAUUUGGGGGCCAGGAUGGAAAAACCUGGGCUCUGGAUUUGCCUUUGACCUAUGAGGACAAGUGGGUCAUGUGCUCAGGGCUUCGCUAGGAGUGUGGCUGUGAGGAGUCACCAAGAGCUUUGAUGAGAAUAAAAUCCAGGCCUGGUGUUGCCCCUAGGGCCCUGCUCUGGUUGGCCACCCUAGUGCCUCUCUGCCUGUUCUUCUGUGCCACCUCCUGGAUUGGUAGCCGCCCCUGACUGUGCUCCCUUGGCAGACCGUUCUCCCUCAGACAGCCAGAUGUCUGAGUGUUCCUCUGCUCCUGCCAUUCUCUGCCCAGAUCCCUACAGGGCCAUUGCUGAGACUUUGUACCAUAUGGCCUUGACCCUGCAGCUCUCUUGGCCUUGAGUGCCAUCCCUGACUCUGCUUGGGGCUUGCCUGCUUUGGGCUUGAGCUGUUCCUUCACUAACUUCUCUUCCCCCAGGGUGGUGCUUCUGCUAUGAGCCCUGCAGGGCUGGGUUUUGUGUACACGUAGAUGGCCCCAUCGGCUCUACUGGCUGCUACACUGUGUGGCACGUAGUGGGUGUUCAGUGGAUACCUGUUGACAUCAGCACUUCUCCCCAGACAUUUUUAAACUCGGGUUUAUUUUGGCUGAAGGAACUGUUGGGAUCCCUUUGAAAUCAUCGGGUUUGCUCUUGCACUUCUUUUCGUGGCCCCUGUUCUCCCCAGCUGGGGUAAUAGCAACAUAGGUGGUGAUUGACCACAGUCUGCUCCUUGAAGUGGCUGCUGCCCCUGGUAGGCUCCCAGCCAUGGCCAGAUCAUAGGGUUAAUGAAACCUAAGAAAUGAAAAUCUACUUUUAUACUGCAAAUGUUGUCACUUCUGUGGGCAGCUACCUUAAUAAAUUGACAUGUGAUUCCCUUA